AUGGCCAUGCCCGUCGGCGACAGGACUCAUCGCGAAGUUGCUGAUCCGGACACUGUGGUCGACUCGAUGUGCCUCUUGGACUUGGCUGGUUUAUGCUCACUGGAGUCAGAAUACUUGAAAGGGACAGCUGCCGACACCGCUUGGAUGCGGUGGCAUAAGCCUCCAUGGUGGUCGAUUCUUGAGUGCUCAUCGAGAUUUUUCUGGGGCUCCUCCGGGUUUCCCCUUGAAAGUGGUGACAGAAUGAUGUGGCUCGUGAGCGAACGUGCACAUAACUUUGCCAAUCACGUCUUGAUCCAAGUCUGGUCGCGCACACUGUAUGAGCAAUCUUCCGGUCUCGGUGAAGGAGGUGCAUAUGGACAAGCGCUUGGCGGAGGUGUGGGCGUUGCAAGCAAGAAGUUCAUGCUCACUGGGAAGAGUGGAAGUAGACGAAAGAAGGACAAACCGAAGGAGAAGGACGCGUUUGAUGGCUUCCAGAAGGCUGAAAAACAACGGAAAGUUAUGCUCGAUCUGAGGAGAAACUUCGAGGCAGACAAGGCACGCGUAGAAAAACUGAAGGAAUCGCGGCGGUUCAAGCCCUAUUAA